CCCUCAUCCCUCUUCUUCCUAGCUCUUUGGCUCUCCCUCUCCCCCCUUCUCGAUCCCCUCCACACCACACAAAAAGAAAUAGCAUGGCGCAUUUUCGCCGCAGCACGCUGGUUCCGUUGAUCCUCGCCGUCCUGGCGCUUGUUCCGGCGGGCGAGGCGCGGCGGCUGCACCGCGUGAGCCGCGCUUUCGACGCCGUGGGGCUCUGCCGGCAGACGCACUACGCCAAGCUCUGCCAGGCGCUGGCGGCUUCGACGGCGGUCAGCUCGCCGCAGUCGCUGGUGGAGGCGUCGGUCGAGAGGGCGGCGCUCAAGGCGGAGCACGCGCAGGCGGUGGCGGCCCAGCUGUCGGCUGCCCCGGGCGCCGAGAAGGUGCUGCAGAACGUCCUGCAGUCGUGCCGGGACAGCUACGGGUCGGCGGCGGACGCCCUGCAGAAGGCACUGCAGCUGGUGCGCGGCGGCGGGCGGGCCGCAGACAUCAACAGCGAGCUCACGGCCGCCGGCACGUUCGUCGAUACCUGCCAGGACUCGUUCGACGAGUUCCCGGACGUCGACGGCUCGCUCCUCACAAACGUGCAGACCAAUCUCAGCAGGCUCGUCAGCAACAGCCUCAACCUCGCCGCCGCCUUACACUAACAAACUAGCAGUAUAUAUAUAUAUAUAUAUAUAUAUAGCAGCAUGCAUGCAUGCAUGCAUGCAUGCACUUGAU